AUGGACUCACAAUCUUUCCACAGCGAGGACCAGCGCAGUUGGCAGGGCGACUUCGACCCAUUCGAUGACCCGGAAGAGCGGAGGGUACUGUUUGCUGCUUUCGACUCUUUCAGGCAAUAUCGUCGCACGGCGCACCAGAACACUACUCAUCGCCGUCGACAGGCAUUCUACUCUCUCCCGUCGGAGCACUGGCAGAUGCUAUCGGAGCCGCCAUUUUCUAUCUUGGAUAACCUCAAUGAGGUAGAUGAUGCCAUCGAUACCAAUGCUGAGCUCGCAGACAAGAUUCUGGACGGAGGCUUGGAGUCCUUCGGACUCGCCGCAACUCCCGACAAAGAGGACCCGACACAGAACUGGCACGGAACAGCCACUGCAUCCGACGUCAAUAAGGCGCACUCGACUAUCCGCCAGUUUUACCGAGACUGGAGUGCUGAGGGGCGCGUCGAGCGGGAAGUAUGCUACGACCCAGUGCUCCAAGACCUUCGCACCGAGUUUCAGGCUCGACGGGAUGCCAGCGAAGAGAUUAAAGUGCUCAUCCCAGGCGCAGGGCUAGGCCGUUUAGUGUUUGAUGUCUGCCUCGCGGGAUUUUCCGCCGAGGGCAACGAGAUCUCGUACCACCAGUUGUUGGCCAGCAGCUGGGUUCUAAACCACACCGAGGGCCCACAGAGCCACACGCUCCACCCCUUCGCGUUACACUUCUCGAAUCUGAAAACCCGGGCACAGCAAUUGCGGAGCGUUCAGAUCCCGGACGUGCAUCCGGGCACCGCUAUUGGAGAGGCGAUGCAAGCCAACCGGUCUGUCGGGUCAAUGUCGAUGUCGACAGGUGACUUUGUGGUAGUCUACAAUGAGCCCAGCAACCGACAGACAUUUGAUGCCGUGGCGACCGUGUUUUUCAUUGAUACUGCACCUAACCUGAUCCGUUACAUUGAGGCGAUUCACCAUUGUCUCAAGGAGGAUGGGCUGUGGAUCAAUGUAGGACCUUUAUUGUGGCAUUUUGAGGAUAGUCAUCCCCGCAGGGACGCAGAGGGGGAUACUACAGGGAUUGGGGAACCGGGCAAUGUGGAGUUAACCGAGGAGGAAGUGUUGACCUUGGUCGAACGCAUGGGCUUCAGAAUUGAGGCGCGGCCUGACGAUCGGCGGCCGUGCGGCUACAUCCAGGACGGCGAUAGCAUGCUUCAGAACAUUUACCAGCCAUCGCAUUGGGUGGCGCGGAAAACGAGAGUGGCUGGCGCCUGA